AUGGCGGAUCCAAAUCAGCCACCUGUCCCGACAGCCUUUGCGCCUCCACCGCCGUUGUGGAAGCACUUUACGCGCGAGAAUCUCGACAAGCUCGACCACAUCAAAGCCGAAGCUUCCAAAGACGAAGAUGGCCGGCCGAAUAAGAAGAAAGAAUGGUCAGCAGCAGAGUUGCGUGCGUUAGAGAUCCCAGAGGAGCUCAGAUAUCUUGUGCCCCCCGAUAUUCCAACGGGUCAAUAUAGCGUCUUUGGAGAACUGCAAACGAUGUCGACCGUCUUGCCAUCCUUAAAAGACCAAGGAAUUGAACAGCUCUACCCAGAAAAUGCCACAGCCGACGCCGACCAGGACCCUUCGCAGCCCUCUCCUCCCCUCAACCAUGCCUACUACCUCCUCAAGAUCAGCAAAUCUCUCCUUCUCAAUUUUCUAGAAUUUGUCGGUAUUCUCUCAGUAUCUCCAGAGCAAUAUCAGCCCAAGGUGGAGGAUAUGCGCAACCUUUUCAUCAACGCCCACCACCUUCUCAACCUCUACCGCCCACACCAGGCCCGCGAAUCACUCAUCAUGAUGAUGGAAGAGCAGCUCAAACAUACUCGUGAAGAAAUUAAACAAAUGGACAAGGUCAAGACGGAGGUUGAGGGUAUCCUGGAGCAAUUGCAAGCUGAAGGCAAUCGCGUAGGCUCCCUCGAAUCUACGGAUAAUACCAACCCGAACAAAGCGCUGAAGGAGAAGGCUGAUGCUCACUCUCGGCUGAUUUGGGAUUUACUCGACAAAGAAGAAUGA